UGAGUGGAGCGAGUGAGUCGUGAGUCAUUUUUUGCCGAAUCAAUCAGUCGGGUCGCAUGUCCUGUGAUUUCGUCGGCCUCUUGCACACCAAUUACGGCCGCCGAACCGAAUUCUAGGGGCGUUCGGGUCGAGCAUGCUGAGUGGGCCAGCCCGCCAAGUUUGAAGAGUCGAGCGAAACAGCAAACAAACAUGUCUGGUCGCAAAGGGAAGUUAAAAUUUGUCCUCACUCAGGAGCCGCUGCCCGUUGUAACGCCACCACGGAAUCUGGACCAAAAGACAAACAUGAUCCUCGGUGGACAGGAGUACACAGUGGACGCUGCAGACCUUGAGCGCAUUUGCGAACUGGGCCGAGGAGCGUACGGCACGGUCGAGAAGCGCAGACACACUCAAUCGGGCACUGUGUUAGCCGUCAAAUUGAUCACAGCGACAGUGAACUCGCUGGAGCAGAAGCGGCUGAUCAUGGACCUGGAUGUGUCGAUGCGGGCCUCGGACUGUCCGUACACAGUGCAGUUUUUCGGCGCCCUCUUCCGCGAAGGUGACGUCUGGAUCUGCAUGGAGGUCAUGGACACCAGUCUGGACAAGUUCUACGCCAAAGUGUACAAAAACGGCUACAGCAUCCCAGAGGACAUCCUCGGCAAGAUUGCCGUUGCUGUGUUGCAAGCAUUGCACUACCUGCACUCGCAACUCAAAGUCAUCCACAGGGAUGUGAAGCCGUCCAACAUUCUCAUCAACCGCAGGGGCGACGUCAAAAUCUGUGAUUUUGGCAUUUCUGGCUACCUCGUAGACUCAAUCGCAAAGACUGUUGACGCUGGGUGUAAACCAUACAUGGCGCCAGAGAGGAUUGACCCAAGCGGUAAUCCGUCGCAGUAUGACAUCCGGUCAGACGUGUGGAGCCUUGGCAUCUCCAUGGUCGAGUUGUCCACGGGCAACUUCCCGUACAACUCGUGGGGCACGCCGUUCGACCAGCUCAAACAGGUUGUGCAGGACCCCGCGCCCAGACUGCCCCCCAACAGAUUCAGUCCAGAGUUUGAGGACUUCAUUACACAGUGCCUGCAGAAACAAUACUCACAGCGACCGAACUACGAACAGCUGCUGCAGCAUCUGUUCAUCACAAUGCACCAAAACAAAGACACGGACGUGGCCACCUUUGUGUCACAAGUCCUCAACCUGCCUGAUUAACUAACCCAGUAUUCUGCUACGGCCAAAAGUGUUUUCUAAUGCUUGUUUCACACAGCACAUGGUUUUGCUAGUCGAGUAUGAAAUUAUUAUACUGACCGAUGAGACAGCCAUUCUUAUUGGUGUUCGAGUACAAGAAGCUGCGCAAAUUCCAGUGAAUGCCAUAUUAUGUUUAUCAUCACGGUUCUUGCCCCAAAUUGCGACGCUAGAGCCUGGAAAACGAGUGUUUGUGCUGGCACUGAAGACAGACUCGGAAAUCGUGCUUAGUUUUCUUGUAAAAAGGUAGUUGAUUAAUUUAAACAGAUUAACAGAAUGUCCCAAUCACACGCCCCAAGUAAUUAACCAACCAAACGCAUCUAAUCUUGUGACGUGAUGUGGAGGAAUUUUUAGGCAAAGACUCUAUGAUACUUAAAAUUUUGCUCACAUAUAUCACAUUAGUCGUAAGUUAACCCCAAACAGCUGUGUAGGCGCAAUUAAAAUGAAUUAUGUGUCUGGAAAUUCAAACGAAAGUGCAGAUUUUGCACUGAACCAGACAAUGUGAGAAUAUUUAAGUGCUACUUGCAAUAAAAUUGCCUUGUAAAGAUAUUUACAUGAGGAAA